UCAAGAUGCGCCGGGCGAGUUGCGGCGUCUGGUGUCUCAGGGAGGCUGGAGGUUCGAAGAUUCAGUAACAUGGCGGAGGCCGCGGCGCUUGUGUGGAUUCGGGGCCCCGGCUUUGGGUGCAAGGCGGUACGGUGUGCCUCGGCUCAGUGCACCGUCUGGGAUUUUAUCCACCGGCACUGUCAAGAUCAGGAUGUUCCAGUGGAAUACUACUUCGUAAAAUGCAAUGGAGCACUCAUUAACACCAAUGACACAGUGCAGCAUGGAGCCGUGUAUAGUUUGGAACCCAGACUUUGUGGUGGAAAAGGAGGUUUUGGAUCUAUGCUUCGAGCACUUGGUGCUCAGAUUGAGAAGACAACCAAUCGAGAAGCUUGCCGGGAUCUCAGUGGAAGGAGACUACGAGAUGUCAAUCAUGAAAAAGCAAUGGCUGAAUGGGUAAAACAACAAGCCGAGCGAGAGGCUGAAAAGGAGCAGAAGCGGCUGGAGCGACUGCAACGGAAGCUUCUAGAACCCAAACACUGCUUCACCAGCCCUGACUACCAGCAGCAGUGCCAUGAGAUGGCUGAGCGUCUGGAGGAUUCCGUCCUCAAAGGUAUGCAGGCUGCCUCCAGCAAGAUGGUUUCAGCAGAAAUCAAUGAGAAUCGGAAACGGCAAUGGCCUACCAAAUCUAAAACAGACAGGGGAGCUGGCAUGGGGAAGAAGAGAUGCUUCUGGUUGGGCAUGGAGGGACUAGAGACUGUGAAAGGGUCCAGCUCUGAGAGCUCAGAUGAUGACAGUGAAGAAGCACUGAGCACUUCAGGAAUCAGUUUCCAUGCCCCAAAACAUGGCAGCGAUGAUGUCAAGAUGACAGCCAAAUUUCCCAGUAGUUCUCAGAGGGCAAGAGUAGUGAAUACUGACCCUGAAUCACCAGAACAACUGCAGAUCGCAGUGACUGACUCUGGGAGGCAUAUUUCAGAAGACUCAUGUGCUGAGCUGGGGGAGUCCAAAGAGCACAUGGAAAGCAGGAUUGUGAUAGAAACAGAAGAGACCCAGGAGAAUAAGGCAGAGAGUAAAGAAUCCAUAGAAGAGGAAUCCACUGGGGCUGGACUGAAUGAGAAGGAGACAAAAGAAGGGACUGUUGGGAAAAGAGUUGCCGAGGUAGCACUUGAAGAUAAGGAAAACAUUGCCGUUGCCAAACUGCAGGAAAGUCAGCCAGGAGACACAGUUAUUGGUAAGGAAACUAUAGAUUUAUUGGCGUUCAACUCUGUUGCAGAACUGGAGUUGCUGGGUUUGGAGAAGCUCAAGUGUGAACUGAUGGCCCUUGGACUGAAAUGUGGGGGCACUUUACAGGAGCGGGCCGCAAGACUCUUCUCUGUCAGAGGACUGGCAAAGGAGCAAAUUGACCCGGCUUUAUUUGCCAAGCCUUUGAAAGGGAAGAAAAAAUGAAUGUCAUCAGAGCUGAUUCCUAUUUCUCUAUAGUGUCUAGCAUUUAUAACCUGUGUAAUGUGGACUCUUGACGAGUAUUCCUGUUGAUAUUAAAAACUAACUUUUUAGUAACCCAAUUCUAACCAUCCCCUUUUUCCUCGUUAGGUCUGUAGAAUUAAUGUCUGAAACCAUCUGGGCCUUAAAUUUUCUUUGUAUGGUUUUCUGUAAUGUAUUUAAUAAAUAUAGGGCUAAUCAGAUUUUUUGGUUUGAUCUUGUGUCAUUUAGGUAAUGAAUCUAUCCAUUUGACCCAGGUUAUGAAAUUUGUAGAAAUAAAGUUAAAUUGAUUUCUUUUUUUU